UCUCUUUUCUGUCUGUAACGUUCCGACGGAUCAAAAGGAGUGCGCACGCACAUAAAGAAAUGGAAAGAGGAGACGUGGUGCAACGGGCGAGAGAGCGUGUCUGAGAUCGAGCGAGGGAGGAAAGCGGGCAGCCGCCGUGUGCAUGCGGAGACCGUUGCUGCCUUCAAUUACAAUUACGGUGGCUGCCUCCUCCGCCGUGGGGCAAAUUAAAUGGCGAAGGCGCUCGUCCUCCCCGUCUCCGUGAAGCGAGGGUCGUGUGAGUGUGCUCAUGUGCAAGGUCCAGCGCUCGUAAUCAUCUCCUUCACCAACUUCUCCUAUAUUAAAUGGAUGUGCUGUUGCUGAAUGCUUGCUGGUUAGAGAAGCCCACACAAGGCCUCUUCUCCUUUACCGGAUGAUGGCUUUCUUCUGCACACUCCAUUACCACCACCAGACGGCCCCAACCAGCAACCAUUACCUUUUCUGCCCCUUUUCCUCCUCAUUCUGAGUUUGUUGGCUCCCUCAAAAUCUUGUCUUCCGGUCUUGCCGUGGGCAAGCCCUUUUUCUGUGGGAGCACGGGGAGGCGCCUGGAGCUGCUCAGAAUGGAUGAUGCGGCGGAAAAGGGCGAGAAUGGGGAACGCAAGCACGGAGAGGCGGCACUGGGAGGCGACCUGUUCAGUGACUCCGCAGAGGAUGAGUGCAGCGGCAGCAGUUCGAGCCUCGAGACCUCGUCCAGCGAGGAGCCACACGACCCUUGUGGUGGAGCCCAUCAGGGACCGUCGUCGGAGCAGUCGGCGGUGGCGCCGGGUUGGCCUCUGCGGAAGAGCUCCGUCUCUGACUUGGUAUCGGAUGAUGAUGACGAUGAUGGCAAAGCCCAUGAGCACCACCACCAUGGAACAGAACAUCUGAUGAAGCCCAAAUACUCAGAAAUCGAGAUGAUGAAGGAGAGGUUCUCAAAACUGCUACUUGGAGAAGAUAUGUCUGGCUGCGGCAAAGGAGCGUGCACUGCACUGGCAAUUUCAAAUGCUAUCACUAAUCUCUGCGCCACCAUCUUCGGGCAGCUAUGGAGGCUGGAGCCUCUUUCUUCUGAGAAGAAGACCAUGUGGCGAAGGGAGAUGGAGUGGCUUCUGUGUGUCAGUGAUCACAUCGUCGAAAUGAUACCCUCAUGGCAAACAUUUCCUGACGGGAGCAAGUUCGAGGUCAUGACCUGCAGACCAAGAUCGGAUCUAUGUAUCAAUCUUCCGGCGCUGAGGAAGUUGGACAACAUGCUCCUUGAGAUACUGGACAGUUUCAGUGAUCCGGAGUUUUGGUACGUCGAUCAAGGGAUACUGGCGCCGGAUUCCGAUGGCUCGGCCUCCUUCCGACGAACCCUUCACCGGCAAGAAGAGAAGUGGUGGCUUCCCGUUCCUCGGGUCCCCCCCGGCGGCCUCCAUGAGAAGACGAGGAAGGAGUUGCAGCACAAAAGAGAAUGCACGAGUCAGAUCCUGAAGGCUGCGAUGGCAAUCAACAGCAACAGUUUGGCGGAAAUGGAAGUACCCGAGUCUUACCUCAGUUCACUACCAAAGAAUGGAAGAGCAAGUCUGGGUGAUGUGAUCCAUCGUUAUGUUGCAUCUGAUCAGUUCUCCCCCGAAUGCCUUCUCGACUGCCUCGAUUUAUCGUCCGAACACCGAGUCUUGGAAGUCGCCAACAGAGUGGAGGCAUCCAUCUACAUCUGGCGCCGGCGAGCGGCCAUGAAACCAGCAAGCAGCAGCACCGCUAAAUCGUCCUGGGAAAUCGUCAAGGACAUGAUCGUAGACGCAGACAAAAGGGAGCUGCUUGCUGAGAGGGCCGAGACCCUCUUGCUGUGCUUGAAGCAGAGGUUCCCCAGCCUCACCCAGACAUCGUUGGACACCAGCAAAAUCCAAUUCAACAAGGACAUCGGCAAAUCCAUUCUGGAAAGCUACUCCAGAGUUCUGGAGAGCCUCGCGUUCAACAUCGUGGCCCGCAUCGAUGAUUUGCUCCAUGUGGACGACUUCUGCAAGCACUCGGAUCCGCUGUUGGCGGUUCCAGCGGUCAGCAUCAUCGCGCAGAAGAAGGUGACGGUGCCUGCCUCCGGCACUCCAUGCAUGACGGCUUAUGCGACGCCAUGCUUCUCGCCGGCGCCGCUAAUUAGCCCAGCAGGGCGAGAGAGGUCGCCAUUGAUCAACAAGAAGCCCAGCAGUCGGGGAUUCGGUGUGAAGAAAGUGCUGACCAGUUAUCUCAACGUCGAGCUGAGGACCAAAAGCCCCAUCGAUGCGACUGAGCCAUCGGAGGUGGUCUCAAACAGAUACUCUGAGAUCUCAUCAGCCUCUUGAGCGAGUUCACGAGGAAGGAGGUGAAGAAACAGCUGAAGUGUUAUACUUUGUGUGAGAUGUAUAUUAAACCUGUAAUCCUCCUCGGUUUAUGCUUCUCAGCAGUGUUGCAUCUGUGGGUGGAAAUGCUCUCUUGAAUGGAAUAUAUGUAGGAAUAGUGUGUUUUGUGCCUUUUU